CUGGGUGCUUGCACUCUGCUUUACCUGGUACCCCAAUACCAGGGAGGAGCAACAAUAAAACCCCCAGCUUUAUUUCUUCAAAUUCAAGAUAAGAAAUUAAUCGGACACACAAUCUAAAGUUUGCAAGAGAAGGUAAACCCCAGUUCUAGGUGUUAGUAUCUCCUCUUAGCUGUUCUCAUACACCUCAUCAGUGGUCAAUUCCUUUGAUACAAACUAUCACCCUACUUAAAAGAUGACAAUAAAAAAAAGAAAAUAAUGAUUUUUAAUGUCAGCAAUUAAAAAAUCUAAAGAAAAAAUAUCCUGCUCUGCCCCAACAAAGCUGUGUCCCUUGAAAGCUCUGUGAUGUGCCUGAAAAAAUUUAAGUGCCAAAAUAGAUCUUCCACUGUAGAGUUUUGACGUCUUUUUGCUCUUGAUUCUGCUGCAAAGAGUUUGUACAGCUUUGUCAACCUUAGAAAAAGGUGCCUUUCUCAUAUGUACCCUUUCAAAGCAAGGCAAGGCAAGGCGAGCACUUCACUGCUUACGUUAAAAGUGCAGGGAGAGACAGCUCAAAGAUACCACUGCCAAACGACUGAGGAAUAUCAAAACCCCUUUACUCGUGCCUUCGAAUAUUCUGAAAUCUUGCAAGCUUGACAGCAUUGUCAAUUUUGUAUUGACAGCAGCAGUCAGAGAAAAAUCAUUUGAGGAGUAAAUCAAGGAGAAGAAAAAAAACCCACUUUAAUCCACAGUCACACAAAUCCAUACUGCCUGCAGAAGGGCAAGUGCUUUGGAGCGCCUUUUAAUAGCAAUAUAUUAACAUCCUUGUUUGUCUUUCCUGAAGCUUGCAAGGCAUUUUUCCCUCCCCUCUUUCAGACUCCGGUCUCUUCGACACCAUUUAUGUCAGAACUGCCCAUGACUUACACCUAUCGACAGCCUGUGACACCGACGAAACCUCGGCGCAGCGCUGGCUGUGACAGCACUCACUGGACUGUUACCAGUAUCAAGGUCACUUUGUUUUUCUUCCUCUCGCUGGAGCUCCUCUGCCCUCGGGGCACGGGCUGCCCAAGGAAGGUUUCUGUCUAAGCUCCUCACAAGGCACAGCCUCUCUGCUCCAUUACUGGCGUUAUAUAAGAUUAGAGUGAAGUUUCUACUAUUAGAAGCAGUUAGCUGCACGGUGACUGCGUGCUCUCCCGAUUAUAGCAUGCAGCAGAGUUAUGGCUGCUGGCAGCAGGACUUAAAACUACAGCUACUUUAAUUCAGGGAGAAGCAUGGGUGUAGUCGAGAUGUGUCAAGAAAAACAGCAGUUUUGGGGUAUUUUAACUCCUAGCAGUGGUACCCUGGACAGAAGUGCCCCAGAAGAGAAUUAAAGGGGAAAGCGUCACCCUAGGCAUGACAGAUAUCCAGAGCCGAGUCGGAAAUUAUGGUAGGAGCCUGUGGAGGGCAGCGCUGUCUUGCUGGGGAUGGUGCAUUGAAUAGCUCAGAGAUGCCAGCUGCUAAGAAAAGCUGUCUCUGAUAUAGCCCGGGUGCACGCAAGAGAGGAGCAAGAUGCCUCACACCAGAGACUCUUCAUCUCCGACUAGCAGUGCAGGGAGCAGAGCUUCCUAUGAAACACCAGCGCUAUCAGACCUCCAGCGGCUCUUUUCGUUCAGAGGAGGGUCUGAUAAUCAUGUGGACCAAGUCUGGCCAAAUAUUUACCUGGGAGAUGCGUGGGCUGCUAGGAGCAAAACUACUCUUCAAAGCCUCAACAUUACUCAUAUCCUUAAUGCAGCAGAUGGGCCAUAUAGCAUCAACACAGGAGCCAAAUAUUACAAAGAUCUGCAAAUAGAGUACUACGGAGUAGAAGCAUUUGAUGAUCCUUCCUUUGAUUUAAGUAUCUUCUUCUACGAUGCUGCCAAUUUCAUAGGCAAAGCCUUAAACACUUCAGGAGGUAAGGUGUUUGUUCAUUGUGCCAUGGGGGUGAGCCGCUCUGCGUCUUUAGUGCUCGCCUUUUUAAUGAUCCAUGAAAACAUGACACUGGUGGAUGCUCUGAAAACAGUGAGUGCUCACAGAGACAUCUGCCCAAAUUCAGGGUUCCUCAGCCAGCUCCGGGACUUGGACAUUAAACUAAACGAAGAAAGGAAAGGAACCAGAGCAUCUGCUACUAAAGAGCUGUAAGAGAGUAUGGCUGAAAGAGAGAGGACAAAGUGUUAUUUGUGGUUCCUACAUCUCUUUUAAAUGAAUUGCAUUUGUAAACUAUGGACGCAAGUUUACGAUACACCAGAAUGCAUGUUAUUACUAAAAGUAGAUUUUACUUGAUCUUUCCAUUUUGCAAAGCCCGCCUAGAUUAUACUUAUGAUUGGUUGCAUGUUGUAUCCUUCACUCUCCACCUUAAAACAUUGCUCUCUGCUGGUAAAAAAAAAAAAAAAAAAAAAAAGAGAUCAGGUUCCACUUCAGAAAUAGCUGUGUUUCAGCAACUAGUGAAGCUCAUAUCACUUUAUGAAGUGUUAGGCUAUUUGAGGUGAAAGAUGUCAUAUUAUUUAUGCUACAGUAAUGCUUAGAAGUUUUCUUAUGAACCAGCCCCUCACCCCUUUGCUCCCCGUAUCUAAAAUGGUUUGUAUUUUGAGACCUGAAUCUGGCACUGGUUAGUUCCUCCUUUUACAAUUGGUGGAGCCCCUGAGUUGGGGGUAAGAGGCUGUUUAAAGGCAGAGCAGCUGGGAAACAACACAAGCCACUCUAAGAAACUAUUCCAGCUCUCUCUAUAGUGUUUUCCCUUUGACUGUUCAUCAGAUAAUUUUUUUUUUCUUCCAUGAAAAUACCUUUGUUCGAGAGGGCAUUCAAAUGUUGUUCACCUUCCCUAGUAAAAUUCAUCCAGGAGGUGCUGUGGAAAAUGCUUCCGAAGAGGAGGGUGGGUUCCCAGCUGAGGCUCCAAACAGCUGCAUGGGCAGUGGGAGCGGGUGCAGGAAAGCAUUUGACGACAAAGUUCAACGUGCCCCAAAUUUGCCUGAGAGUUCAACGUUAUAAAACUUGGGAUUUUCUUUCUCAGAAAUAAAGGUCAUUAACAUCGC